AUGGCGGCUUUCUUAAGGAAGGUAGCAAGGGCCACUCCGAUCUCAUUCGGCGCCCAUUCCAAAUCCUCCCGUACUAAUUUCCACUUACCCUUCACCGCUAUCGCCGCCAUUUCCGGUGGUUUCUCCUACCUUUACUACUCUUCCUCUCCCAAUCUGGUUCACUCGGAUCAAAUUGGAGAUGAGGAAAUUAAGACUAAAAAUAUUGCACUGAUUCCUGAUAAAUGGGUUGAAUUUAAGCUGCAAGACACUGCCAGGGUCAGUCAAAAUACUCACUUAUACAGGUUUUCGUUUGAUCCCACUAAGAAGUUGGGUUUGGAUGUUGCUUCUUGCAUUCUUACAAGGGCUCCACUGGGACAAGAUGCUGAAGAAAAACCAAAAUAUGUCAUUCGUCCGUAUACUCCUAUAUCAGAUCCAGAAUCUACCGGAUAUUUUGAUUUGUUAAUCAAGGUGUAUCCUGAAGGAAAAAUGAGCCAGCAUUUUGCAAGCUUAAAACCUGGUGACGUCGUUGAAGUGAAAGGGCCCAUUGAAAAGUUUAAAUAUACCCCUAAUAUGAAGAAGAAUAUUGGCAUGAUUGCCGGCGGCUCAGGAAUUACUCCCAUGCUUCAAGUAAUUGAGGCUAUAUUGAAGAAUUCUGAUGACAAAACUCAGAUAUCAUUGCUUUAUGCUAAUGUCUCCCCAGAUGACAUACUGCUUAAACAGAAGCUUGACAUUCUAGCAGCAACCCACCCAAAUCUAAAGAUAUUCUACACAGUAGACAAUCCAACAAAAAAUUGGAAAGGAGGUGCAGGUUACAUAUCGAAGGAUAUGGCUGUAAAAGGCUUACCUAGUCCUAGCGACGAUACUCUUAUACUUGUGUGUGGUCCUCCUGGAAUGAUGAAACAUAUAUCUGGUGAAAAGGCAAAGGACUGGACCCAAGGAGAGCUAUCUGGCAUACUCAAAGAGGCUGGGUACACCGAACAAAUGGUGUACAAAUUUUGA